AUGACUGCUCUUCGACACACUCCCGUCAACCUGUCCUUGUCUUCUGCGGUGUACCUAGCUGCUGGCUCGGCUCUUGUGCUCGUAGUCCCUGGUGGAUUUCUUGGUAUCAAGCUUUUCAAAGAGUUCACGGCGUGCCAUGCAAAUGGUCAAAUUGCUGCUAGGUUGAGAGAGCUUCAUCAGCAAUAUGGAAGCACCAUUGCACUGCCAAUCAUGGGGACCAAGGUUGUCCUGACAUCAGACCCCGAAAACAUACAAGCAAUUCUAGCCACUCAAUUCUCCAGCUUUGGACUGUCUCACUUCCGCCACCGUCAGUAUCAACCUCUAUUCGGUGACGGUAUAUUUACCUCUGAUGGCCCACGCUGGGAGCAUUCACGCCGUAUGCUCCGGCCACAAUUCACGAAAGAUCAGGUUCCGCCUUUAGAGUGGUUUGAUGCACAUGCGAGGCGAUUCAUCGACUGUCUGCCGCCGGGCGGCCAGGAAUUCGACGUUCAGCAAUUAUUCUUCAGAUUGGCAUUGGAUGCCGCUACAGACUUCUUAUUCGGAGAAUCCGCAUCGUUUGAGGGACGGCAGGGCUUUGCUGAAGCGUUCGACUAUGCGCAGCAUGUUCUCUUCAAACGCACAAUUGCCUUUCAUUUCUACUGGCUAUUCAACCCCAGCAGAUUCAGGAAAGCGAACAAGACUGUUCAUAACUUUGUCCAGUAUUAUAUCACCAAAGCGAUCCGAGCAGAAAAAGGUGACGCUCUAGAGAAACAGAAAACGGACAGAUAUUGCUUCUUGCAUGAAUUGGCCAAGCAGACACACGACGAGAAGGCCUUGAGAGAUCAGUUGGUCAAUGUGCUGCUUGCCAGUCGGGAUGAUACAGCUAGCCUGCUUAGCUCCAUCGUCUACUUCCUAGCGAGAGACAAACGGGUGUGGUCCAAGUUGGAAGAGGAAGUCCUGGACGCAGCGAGUGGUGCUGAGCCCGUAACCCUCCGAGACAUCCAGAACUUGCCCUACCUGCGUGCCGUGGUGAACGAAGCCUUGAGACUAUUCCCUCCUGUCCCCAUCAACGCUCGGGUAGCCCUCCAUGACACCAUAAUCCCCACUGGCGGUGGACCCGACGGCCGCUCGCCCAUCUACAUCAAACGACAUCAACCAGUCGGAUAUUCGGUUUGGACAGUUCAUCGGAGAACUGAUAUAUGGGGCCCAGAUGCAGAGGUGUUCCGGCCUGAGAGGUGGGCAGACCGGAAGCAGGCAGCAUGGGAGUUUCUUCCCUUCAAUGGAGGCCCGCGAGCUUGCCUAGGACAGCAAUUCGCGGUUACUCAAGCCAGUCAUCUCAUCUUCCGGCUUGUGCAGCAAUUUGACUGUAUUGAGAGCGCUAAGUCUGGUGCAGAUUACGAGACAAAUCCGCCGAUGAGACAGACUUUGACGAUGUGCCAUGAGAACGGAGUGGUGGUUCGUAUGCGUCGUAGGCAAGCGUGAUUCGGUUUUGUGUUGUCGAUGGUAAUGACAUUGUCUCUUCGGAACUUCGUAAUCUGUUUCUUAUGAGUUGAAUUGAAAAAAGUCUGUGAUUUAAUAUCG